ACUUGCAUGCAUACAUAGCAUACGAAGGGAAAGUAAAGAUAUAGACUUAAGAAAGAGAGAGGUAAGAUGGGUUACCAUUCGUUCUUAAGAAGCCCAAAGAAAGAAGAACAAGAAGUGCCAGACGCUGUUCUUACCAAAUUCUCCGACACAAAGGAUAUUACUUGUGCAGAUGGAGAAGUACUCGAGAUUAUGGACGAAUUGGAGGGCAUUUGGGGCAUGGAAGUUGAUGAAAAACUACCACAGGACACCAAGAAGUACUAUGGCCAACUUAACUGGGAUUUCAUGGACUGGGAAGAAUUUUCAUACAGAGAAGGAGACGAUGAACAAGAGCAGAAAGAUCAGAUUGAGAACCCAAACCGAUGCUUUUUUGAAGAAGAAAGCUACUGUACUAUAAAGAAGGAAAAUGAUGGGGUUUUGGAGGAUGAUAAAAAGAUGUCAUCUUUGAAUUUGAACUUGAAUUAUGAAGAGGUAUUGGAUGCAUGGUCUAACCGGGGGUCUCUUUGGGCCGAUGAUUAUUCUGUUCCCAUGGCCAGCAAUGGAUAUUAUGACAUGAGAGAGGUGCCUGUGAUGGAAGAAGAGAUGAGAACAAGAAGGGAAGCAAGAGUUCUAAGAUACAAAGAGAAGCGGCAAACUAGAUUGUUCUCCAAGAAGAUAAGAUACCAAGUUCGCAAACUCAACGCAGAUAAAAGACCUAGACUCAAGGGUCGGUUCGUGAAGAGGGUUUCUUGACAUGCUCGAAAUAUCUCUCCAUGCAUAUUUAAAUUUGGAAUUUUUCUGGCAUUAUUCGUUUUCGUUUUC